AUGUCGAAGGUCACGGCUGUCGAGAAACCGGCCAUCAUGAUGGUCGAGGACAUCACCAACGAUCUCCUUAAGCCUCAGGUCAAGAAAGACUACUCAGGUGUAGCAGAAAAGAUCAAUCCCGAAGAAAUCAGAUUGGUCAAGAAACUAGACCGCUGGAUUAUGCCCAUGCUUUGGUCUAUGUACUGGUUGAAUUACCUUGACCGCAAUGCCAUCGCUCUGGCUCGUCUCAACAGUCUCGAGGAAGACCUCAAGUUGACUGCAACGCAGUACCUUACCUGCGUCAGCAUCCUCUUCGUUGGUUACUUGUUGGGACAGAUCCCCUCAAAUAUGCUCCUGACUCGCAUUCGACCCUCUCACUACAUGGGAAUCUGCAUGGCAUUGUGGGCCAUCGUGUCUGCCCUUACUGCUGUCUGCCACAACUUCGUGGGUCUUUUGCUCGUCCGCUUCUUCCUCGGUGUGACAGAAGCCCCUUACUACCCUGGAGCUGUGUACCUUCUCACUAUCUUCUACACUCGCAAGGAGAUUGCAACGCGUAUCGCCAUUCUCUAUACCGGUAACAUUCUCGCAACUGCUUUCGCGGGUCUCAUCGCCGCUGGUGUGUUCCAUGGUAUGGAUGGCUCCGCUGGACUUGCAGGCUGGCAGUGGCUUUUCAUCCUCCAGGGUGUCGUUACCUUUGUUAUCGCAAUCAUCGGUUACUUCUGUCUCCCGGACACACCUCUCACCACCAGGUGGCUCACUCCUGAAGAGCGACAACUUGCCCACAGCCGUGUCCAGAUUGACACUGUGCAGAACUCGGGAGAUACCAGCGUCCUCAAUGGCCUCAAGCAGGCUGCUUCUGAUCCUGUUGUCUGGCUCUUCGCUCUUAUGGCUCAUCUCCAUUUGGCUGCGAAUGGUUUCAAGAACUUCUUCCCCACUGUCGUCAAGUCGCUGAACUUUAACACCACAAUCACCCUCGUCCUGACCUGCCCACCCUACCUUAUCGCCGGUGCAUCAACCCUCUUGGUCUCGUGGUCCUCUGGCAAAAUGAACGAACGUACAUGGCACAUCACCGCCUCCAAAUCCGUCGCAAUCAUCGGCUUCGUCGUCGGCGCCGUCACCUACAACACCGGCGUCCGCUACUUCGCCAUGAUCGUCUUCACCAUCGGCACUUACGCCGUAAACUCGCUCAUCCUCGGCUGGGUCGGCAGCACCUGCGGCCAAUCCCCUGAGAAAAAGGCCGCCGCCAUUUCCAUCGUCACCACCAUUAUGAAUGCCUCUUUCAUCUGGACACCUUAUCUUUGGGACCCUAGCGAUGCUCCCAAGUAUGGUAUUGCUAUGUUUUCCAGUGCGGGCUUUUCGGCUGGAACGGCGCUUGUGGCUUGGGUUGUCAAGUUUAUUAUGAAGAGGAGGAAUCAGAAGUUGAUGCAGUCGGAUGAUGAGGUGCAGACUUUCUAUGUCUACUAG